UUUACCCCACCAAAAAUGAAAAGAGAAGCAUCCAAUAUGACCAACUAAUCGAUUGCCAGAAGAAACCCCCCUUUUAAGUGCUGGUGUCUACUUUAAGAGGCUGCUUCAUCAACUAAGCUCAUAUCCUGAGAUUUCAAGCAAGAGGAAAGAUGGAUGCAGAAGCCUUCAAGAGUUCCCUUGAAUCCCCAUUAAUUUCAAACUCUGAAAAUGGUAUUGAGCCAGCCAAGAAAUGCUAUGAAAAAGCAGAGAUAAUUUCUGAACUGAAGAAGCAAAUGAACUUGGCAGGGCCACUAGUGCUUGUCAGUUUCUUGCAAUACAGUCUACAGAUGAUCUCCGUCAUGUUUGUAGGCCAUCUCGGAGAGCUCUCUCUUUCAAGUGCUUCAAUGGCUACUUCAUUUGCUGGAGUUACUGGUUUUGCUCUCAUGCUGGGAAUGGGAAGUGCACUGGAGACAUUCUGUGGGCAAGCCUAUGGAGCACGACAGUUCCAUAUGCUUGGUGUGCACUUGCAAAGGGCUAUGCUCGUUCUUGUACUUACAAGCAUCCCUAUAUCAUUUAUUUGGGUUUUCACAGGCCAGAUUUUCAUAGGCCUCAAUCAAGACCCACAAAUUUCAAUCCACUCGGGAAUCUAUGCACGGUGGUUGAUCCCUGCCAUUGUUCCAUAUGGCCUCCUUCAAUGCCAGUCUAGAUUCCUGCAAACACAGAACAUUGUUUUGCCAUUGGUGUUAAGUACUGGCAUCACAAGUUUGGUCCAUGUUCUCAUUUGCUGGACUUUCAUCUUUAGAUUCGGCUUUGGCAACAAAGCGGCUGCCCUGUCUAUUGCAAUCUCUUACUGCAUCAAUGUGUUCAUUUUAGCUAUCUAUAUCAAGUUUUCUCCAACAUGUAAACAUACUUGGACAGGUUUCUCCAGGGCAGGAACCAAAGAUCUACUUAGUUUUCUUAAAUUAGGAAUACCUUCAGCUCUCAUGGUUUGCUUGGAAUUCUGGUCGUAUGAGUUUUUAGUUAUUAUAUCAGGCCUGCUUCCAAAUCCGAAACUACAAUUGUCAAUGAUGAGCAUCAGCUUGAAUACGAGUUCUGUGGUAUUCAGAAUCCCCUUUGGCCUUGGUAGUGCUGUGAGCACAAGAGUUUCAAAUGAGUUGGGCGCCGGGAGACCUGAUGCUGCAUGUUUAGCAGUACGGAUUGUUAUAUUCUUGGCAGUUGCGGAGAGUUUGUCCCUCGGCUUAGCUCUAGUUGCAGCGAGGAACGUUUGGGGCUUCUUGUACACUAACGAAAAGGAAGUUGUAAGAUAUUUGGCGUCUGUAUUGCCAGUGCUUGCAUUAUCCAACUUCAUGGAUGGGAUGCAGGCUGUGCUCUCAGGUACUGCAAGAGGCUGUGGGUGGCAAAAACUUGGUGCAUGUAUAAACUUAGGAGCUUAUUACCUUGUCGGCCUACCUUCUGCUCUAGUGCUGACUUUUCUGUUCCACUUUGGAGGAAUGGGACUUUGGAUGGGAAUCACAUGUGGUAGUUCUGUGCAAGCUCUUUUGCUUUUAGCCAUCACCAUGCACACUGAUUGGGACCAGGAAGCAAAGAAGGCCAGGGUUACAGUAUAUGGUUCCAGAAUCCCAGGAGAUGUGCCUGCUGAAGUAGUUUAAUAAUUAGUUACUACUGCUGCCUGGAGCGUUGGCCGUAUGCAGCUGUGGUCAUGAUCAAUGCAAAGUGAGCCCCACGCUCAAGCUCUAAAACAUAAUAUCAAACUAUUUAUCUAAGCAUUUGAGAAAUUCAGUUUAUGUUCCUGUCUGAAGCCCUU